CCGCCGGACGCACAACCUCUGAAUCUGAAUCUGCGCCUUUUCAUUUCAUUUACUGCAGCUUCUAGUUUUUUUUUUUUGUCUUUUCUUUUUUUUUUCUUUGCUUCAUCAGACUCGGAGCGGCAUCACAGAACUUGGAGUUUGAGAGCCAGGAUGUCGGAACUGUCUGUGAACGACCACCUCGAAGGGAUUUUAUCAGAUUUUGAAGCAUUGAAGAGAUCCUUUGACAUUGAAGAUGUGGAUGACAUUCCAUCCUUCUCCUCAACCUCAUCUGUCUCCUCCCCCAUUUCUCCUGCUUCCCCUCAUUUCUUCCUCAACAACAACAAAACUGCUGAGGGGAAGGGGGGAGGUGGGCAGUCCCCUUCAUUAGCCUUCAACAACAACAGCCUGGGGUCCGCAGCUUACCACUCCCACAUCAGCCAGGGUUCUGAUCCCAGCCCAGUCAUCAAGUCCCGCAGUGUAGUCAGCAGCCUAUCCUUCAACAGGGGAACCUUGAACAAACCAGCAGUUCACAACAAUGGCUCCACUGUGACCAGAGCCGCAUCCUUUCAGGGCAGGUUCAACCCCAAUGGUUACUCUAUGAUGUUUGGGGCAGGCAGCGACAACGACAGCCUCCAUAGUUCCACGUCUAGCCUGGAGUACACCGGAGGGGUUGGGAGUUCGGUUCCAAUAACGAAGCUUAUGUCUUACACAAGUCCUCCACCACAAGAAGAGUACCUCCAAAUCCAGCCCCAGUUUCCACAACAGAAUCUCGAUAGAAGCAACCACUACCUAAAGAAGUUCUCAUCACAUGGAAAUGUUUUCCAUUCUGAGUUAGACCAAGCUUCAGGGAUGGUUUUCGGUGUUGCAGAACCUCGGGAUGUAAACCAUGGCUCCACACCUAGCCUUGACUUCCAAAUUCGUGAUGGUGGAGGAGGUAUUGCAGGCAUGCUAAGAGGCGGAGGUGGGGGCAGGGCAUCUCCAGCGCAUAAGUAUGCUAAUGUCAAUGCUAACUGGAAUGGUCGUCUUCAAAACAACAUCACUUCCUUUGGGGAAGAGAGCCCCAAAAACCAUUGCCAGAAGCAAGGGUCGCAGGUCCUCCAGACCCCACCGCCCAAGGUGAAAGAGACUCCACGUCUUAAUAAAUUUCCCUUGGACCUGGACAGUUUUGUGACCAGCACCUCCCCCACUUCCCCCACAAUGGUUCAGGGAGGAUCUGUGAGCCUCAGUUCCCCUAAGCCACUUCCAAAGAGCAAAGGAGGCCUCCACAGUUAUACCAACCCAUCACCCACCACAGCUAGCCCCUCAGCAUCUCUCAGCAGCCUGGACAGUUCAUCUGACACCCCGCCUCUCUCCUUACACCAUCCCUUUUUGCCUUUCUCUCCACAUUCUCCAACUCCCUUCCAGGGUCCUGUCCCUGUCUCAGAGGUGAGUCCCAUCUCUGUGCUUCUAUCUCCAGCCCAGACACCCCAACUGGAGAUCCUAUCUGGUCCACAAGUUGUCCAAGUGGGUCCCAGACCUCCCAGCCCUCACAGUUCAUCAAUUCCCAGAGCUGAGGAUGGUACAGGUGAUGCCACAGAUAGUGUCGGCUCCAUUUUACAGAGGAUUGCCUCCUUCUCCCGGUCUGCCACCGAUGUCACCCCAGCACCUGUGACCCCGUCCCCUGAAGACAAAAGCAAUGGGAUGUCGACUUCGUUUGGAUUUCCUCUUGAGACCACAUCCACAAGGAAAUUAUGGAUGGAGAAACAGAAAGAAACUGCUGGAGAACUGGAAACAGACACGUCCACCCCAAUGGAGGAGAGAGAGGAGAAGGAGAGAGGGAUCAUGGAAGAUAAGAAGGAAGAGGAGAUCAAAAGCAUCACACAGCCCGUCAGCAUGAAUACCCAGAAGCCCAUACCAGAAAAGGCUGAGAAUGGUGUGGAUUUGCAUACAGAGGUGGAGGAGAAGGAGAAGGGGAUGGAGGAAGGAGAGAUCAUGAAAGAGCUGGAGGUGCAAACACAACUGGACUCAGAGCUGUGUCCGUCGGUGCCUGGUCUGCAGAUGAGCUGCAUCCGGGGCACUGAUCUGUUCGGCUACAUAGGCAUCGAGGCAGUACUGGACCAGAUGAGGUGCAAAACCAUGAAGGCGGGCUUUGAGUUCAACAUCAUGGUGGUGGGUCAAAGCGGUUUGGGGAAGUCCACACUGGUCAACACUCUGUUCAAGUCCAAAGUUAGUCGGAAGUCCUGUGCACCUGACUAUGAAGAGAAAAUCUCCAAAACAGUCAAACUGCAUUCAGUCAGCCACUUGAUUGAGGAGAAGGGGGUGAAGAUGAAACUGACAGUGAUUGACACCCCAGGAUUUGGAGAUCAGAUCAACAAUGACAACUGCUGGGAGCCCAUAGUGAAGUACGUCAAUGAGCAGUACGAGAAAUACCUGAGAGAGGAGCUGCACAUCAACCGCAAGAGGAGAAUACCUGACACCAGAGUCCACUGCUGCAUCUACUUCAUUCCUGCCACAGGUCACAGGUUACGCCCUAUUGAUGUUGAGUUCAUGAAGAGGUUGGGGAAGAUUGUAAGCAUCGUGCCUGUCAUUGCCAAAGCUGACACUCUCACCAUUGAAGAAAGACAGGAGUUCAAGGAGAGGAUAAGGCAAGACUUGGCAGCCAAUGGGAUUCAUGUUUACCCACAGAGAGAGUAUGAUGAAGAUCCAGAGGAGCGUAUCCUCAACAACAGGAUCAGGGAAAACAUUCCCUUUGCUGUGGUUGGAACUGACAAGGAGCACCAGGUGAAUGGAAACAAGGUGUUGGGUCGUAAAACCAAGUGGGGUAUUAUUGAAGUUGAAAAUGUGGCGCACUGUGAGUUUGCCAAUCUUCGAGAUCUGCUCAUCAGGUCUCACCUUCAAGACCUGAAAGAUGUGACACACAACAUCCACUAUGAGACCUACCGCGUCCGACGGCUCAACGAGAGCAACCUGAACUUCAGUGAACUGGGACUUUCUGCCGUACCACUGGAGAAUGGAACUGCUGACAAAUGUGAAUCAGAUAGCCACCUCUGAUCCCUCUGUCAUUUUACUGCUUUCUGUACCUGUUUGAGGACUGACCAUGCUCCUCGUCAAAUCUCAAUGAGACAUAGGAGAAAGAAAAAUCUAUUUUAUAGAAGGAUGGUGACAUUAUACAGGGCAGGAGAAAGCAUGGAGUGUAGCAUGGCACAAUGAAAGGAAUUUAAUAUAAUAUUUUCUCCUACAUUAACGGUAUACUGUGUUGCCAAAAGUAAGAGGACAACUACGUGUGCAUACUGUAUGUCAUGAUGGGUCAAAACCACAGGCUUUGAUGAGGUCGUGUUUGUCUGUUUCCCAUUGGCAGAAACAAAUCUGGCUUCAUACUGCUUCAUGUUGCUUUGGAACAAGAAAACAACUUGACUCUCCUGUUUGUAGAAGGAGAUUUCAGGGCUUAUAACGCAUAUAAUAUAACUCUAUUAUAAUAACAGUCACACCUUGAGCUGGUUGAGGUUUUACAUCAGGCAUCCUCAUACUUUUGGCAAUGGAAUGUGUCAUUUUUUUAUUUGAUCCAAUAUAUUGAAAUGUGAUCCUAAGGAGAUGAGUAGGCAGAACAUAGUCAGAAGAACAGAAGUGAAGAAGAAGUUCACAAACCUCCAUGUUCCCAACAUGCUGUGGAGAGGGACAUGUUUCUUCAUUCACUUUUCAUGACAAAAUGGCUGCCUUUUCCAGUUUAAAUCUGUAUUGUCAGUGUGUUAGUAAGAAUAUUUUGACGUGGGUCAGUGAUGACAUUACCGAUGCUGCCUUCACGUGCUGUCGGGGGGAUGAACCUUUCCAGUUGUGAAUUAGGAAUUAUAAGCAUGUCGUGUUCAAGUGCUUUUGUUGUCGUAGUGAAAUGAAAAAUGGCUGAAACACAAUUUAUCAUGACCUGCUACUUGGCUAAACAGUUUUAGAUGUGUUAAUUCAUCUGCUACGCAUUUUGUUUUGUUUUUGCUAAUUGUGUAUACAAUAUAUGUGCAAAAUCAUCAGCUAACAGCAGCAGAACGUUAACAAAAGCAUUGUUUAUCAGUUGACAUGAAUCCCCUAUUGCUCUCUGCCAUGUUGAAAAGUUCAAAUUUUCAUCUUGGCAGCUCAACUGUCAAAGCUUUUCCCAGUUCUCCUGUGGAAAAUACGACGUGAGGGGGCGCUCAUGUGGAAUUUUUGACUUGGUAACUAGUAUUUACCAUAAUUCCCAUAGCACGUGAAGGCAGAAUGGUUUCAUUGCUUUUGGUGGAUAUGUUGUAUCGUACCACUCACUUUGUAGAGUUUUUCCAUCACCCUGCUUCUGCUUUCAUUCAGUCAUUCUCCAUGCAGACUGGUAUGGGUAGCUGAAGAUGCUUUUGAUAUUUUAAAGGGCAGUUCAAGUUUGUGAUUGUUGAUGCUCUAUGUCAGUUAGUGACAACACCCAGAGAACAGUUUAGAGUAUUCAGCUGUAACAGUUAUUGUGUCAGUAGCUGACAGCAUAAUGUUCUAGCACAUUUUCUUGUGUAAAUCCAGUGUGUUAGUCAGCUGUUCAUGCUACCUGCACUGAAGUCCUCUUUUCACCCUGAAUGCACCAUCAGAGCUGAAUUUCUACCAUAGGACCUUUCACAUGGAACUUGUAAUGUUUGGUUAUUGUUUUAACUCGUGGCUGUAUAUGAAAGAGGUUACAGACUCCAAAAUGGAGCCUGCUGUCUUCAGCUGAAAAGAAUGGGUGCAUAUGUGACAGAUGUAAGUGUUCUGUCAGCAGUUUUGCGGUCCGUGGGGGAACACUGAUGAAGUUGGUGACAGUUUUGAGUGACAGUGGCAUGUUCUACUGUAUACAUUAUUGUCACUUUAUUUUACUUCCUGUUUCCAUAUUUCAGUUUGAUCUGCUUGUGUUGUACAUAAUGGACACGUUUUGCCUGCUGUCAUUAGUUUUAACACCUAACCACAGGUUCUUGUUCUACUCGUAUAUGAGUGACUGUGCAUGUUGUAUCAUUGAUUUACGCAUUCUAAAAAACUAUAUAUACGCAAAACUAUUUGUAACCUUUGUAAUCCAAGGAAAGCUGUCAUCACAUAUUUCUGGUUAACAUUAAUGCUGCCGGAGCUUUAACAUCUGUUCUUCAAUUUAACAUUGUAUGUACAGUGUGAGAUUUCAUUAUAGACUGAAUGUGCCUUAGGAUUGCUGUCAUGCUUACUGAAAACAGAAACUGAAUUGUAUGCUUCAUCAUGGACAUUUGGGAUGCAGGGAAAAGUUUAACUGUGUGUGUGUCAGUUCAGUUGUUCUGACCCAUCUGUAGAUCAGUACUGGGCCAUAGAACAUCUUACUACUAAGCCAUGGAGAUACACAGUCCUAUACCCAGUUUGGAUCAUUUUGCCAUGUAUUAUCGUAUCUAGGUUUAUGUUGUUUUGUUGAAUAUGAUGAAUUUUUAUAAUUUUUAGCAUAGAAAAAGCACAGGUACUAGUUGUAUCAUUAACAAUGACUUUCAUUCAAGUCUCCAAGUAAAGCUCCUGGGUAGUUUCAGUGUUAUGUUGCAUCUGUAAUUCUUACUCGACUUAACUGACAGUCAGGAUUAGUGUCUUGUGACCCAGACAUGAUAUGGUUUUGUUUUGGAUGCCUUUCCAUCUGCUAACAUGAAAAGUCUACGGCAUGGUAAGCAGCAGGAAAAUCCCUACCUAUGGAACCACAAAUUCAUCAAUAACAAUAGCAUGACACUGAUUGAAGUAGAGCUGGGUUGCAAAGUGACUUGCAGAGUAAAUGGCAAGGUUAGCCAGGCUAAGAGGCACAAGUGUAACCUUGGAUGAAAUUUGCUAACUGUUGACAGGGCUUGACUUUGUGGCCUGCCUGAACUAACACUAUGCUGCAUUUUUGACUUUGUGUGGGCUAUUGGCAGCAGUUCACAAUAUAUUCUAUGGGGUGAGUAUAUACUGGAGCAGGUAUCCAUGAGUCACACUAUGUCAAGUAUGCACAUUUCAGCGCUGAAAAAACCUCAGCAGUUAGCGCAUACGCAAAGCCUGAGGGGAAAAGUUCUGUUGAAACCUGCACUGCUUGGAGUAGUGAGGCUGCUCAUUUGCUAAAGCACAGGUGCCUAAUGUUAUUAGGCGUAGACAAGAACACAGCUGUGCUUUUCCCUCUGUGCCAUUUCAAGAUGUCAAAAUGUACUUUCAUACAAUAUGCUCUAUCAGAUAUUAUACACAAUGACUUAUGGAAUGUUACAGCUACUGUAAAUGUAAAGCUAGACCAGAAUGUUUUAGCUUUCAUUUCCUGGAUGAAUAAGAAUUAAAGUAUUUUAGAGAGACUUCUUUCAGUUAUACAUAAUGUAUAUUUUUUCUCUCAAGUUUCCUGGACAACAACACCAAACCGUCCUGUCACUUUUACAUUUCAAUUACAUAACGCAUGUCAGACUGUUAAUGUUAACCUGUUCUUCUCGUUCUGCUCUGAAGCUCAAGGUCCCCUUUUUAUACCCAGCUUGUACUAAUAGCUCCCAUAUGAUUAUUGCCUUUGUCUUUUAUAGUAGUAAUGAUACACUGUUGAUUUCCAAUUAAAUACUUGUCACUUUUA